AUGCGUGUCCUGUCGCUUCUCGGCGCGCCGUCGGCGGAGAAGCACUUCUUCGCCAAGCUGCUCGGCGCGCGGUUGCGCGUGCCCGUGCUCGCCACGGGCAGUCUCCUCGACACCGAGGUGGCGCACAGGACGCACGCUGGCAGGCAGAUCGAAGAGGCCCGCAGAGGUUCGGCCGCAGGAUCGCUUCUGCCGUCAAAGGUCGUGCUCCCCGUGGUGAUGCAGGCGGUGCAGGGGGCGCGACAGAGCGGCUACGACACCGCGAUCCUCGUCGGCGCGCCCAGAAGCGUCGAGCAGUUGGACAUGCUGCGAAACGCCGGCGUCGCCGCCGAAGUCGUCCACCUCGCGCUCCCCGAGGCGCGCGCGACACACCGCCGCGGCAAGCGGCGCGUCUGCGCGGGAUGCGGCUUCCCGCUCUAUCCGCCCGAAGAGGGAGGCGGGCAGUGUGUCAAGUGCGGCUGCGACGACGGCGUCGCGGAGCCGCUGCCGCCCUCGCCCCUCGACACCGACGCGCCCGCCGUCGAGGCGCGCUGCGCCGCGUGGCGGUCUGCUGCGGAGCCGCUGCUGCAAAGGCUGCGCUCGCGCGGGUCGGGCUUGGUGGAGGUCAAGGUGCUCGAGGACGCCGAGCACACAUGGACGACGCUGCAGCUCGCGCUGGGGCUCGAGGAGGCUCCCGCCGUCGCCGCAGCGCAAGGGUGA